GUUGCUAAAUUACUCAACACAGGCUGCAGUUUAGGUUCUCAAAAAGAUCAACAGGGACCCGAAUCAAUCGGAAAGCAAAGGACUUUGCUGGGGGCUGAUGGUGCUCCUGGUACCUCUAAUCACUGUAUUCAUGGUGAAGCUCAGUCAUGCCCGAACACACUCUCUGAGAUACUUUCGCCUGGGCGUUUCGGAUCCUGGCCACGGGGUUCCUGAAUUUAUCUCAGUUGGGUAUGUGGACUCCCACCCUAUCACCACAUAUGACAGUGUCACUCGGCAGAAGGAGCCGAGGGCCCCGUGGAUGGCGGAGAACCUGGCGCCCGAUCAUUGGGAGAGGUACACUCAGCUGCUCAGGGGCUGGCAGCAGAUGUUCAAGGUGGAGCUGAGGCGCCUACAGAGGCACUACAAUCACUCAGGGCUUCACACUUACCAGAGAAUGAUUGGCUGUGAAUUGCUGGAGGAUGGAAGCACCACGGGAUUUCUCCAAUAUGCAUAUGACGGACAGGAUUUCAUCGUCUUCAAUAAAGACACCCUGUCCUGGAUGGCAGUAGAUAAUGUGGCUCACGUCACCAAACGGGCAUGGGAAGCCAAUCAGCAUGAGUUACAAUAUCAAAAGAAUUGGCUGGAAGAAGAAUGCAUUGCCUGGCUAAAGAGAUUCCUAGAGUACGGCAAAGAUACCCUGCUAAGAACAGAGCCCCCACUGGUCAGAAUAAGUCGCAAAGAAUUUUUUCCGGGGAUUACAACUCUCUUCUGCAGAGCUCAUGGAUUUUACCCUCCAGAAAUUUCCAUGAUAUGGAAGAAAAAUGGGGAAGAACUUGUCCAAGAAGUGGAUUAUGGAGACAUCCUUCCCAGCGGGGAUGGAACCUAUCAGACGUGGGUGUCAGUUGAACUGGAUCCACAGAGCAGGGACAUUUACUCCUGCCACGUGGAGCAUUGUGGCCUCCACGUGGUUCUUCAGGGCCAUCAGGAAUCGGAAUCCAUCCUUCUGGUGAUGAAAGCUGUCUUUGGGGCCAUUGUCCUCACCAUUGUCCUGGCUGGAGUUGGCUUCCUGGCCUGGAGAAGAAGGCCCCGAGAGCAAAAUGGAGUCGUUUACCCUUCCACACGCAUCCAUGAAUGCAGUUCUCCCUCCUAGGAACCACACAGUCUCUUCUGUUUCUCCUGCUCUCAAGUCCAGUGAUUGAGGAUCAUGACCGCAGCUACAACAUGUCUUGGCAUUAAAGGAUUGAGUAAUUAUGGCAGAAAGAUGGGAACCACUACAUUUUCUUUUCUCUUUGGCUCCACAAGGGCUGUCAGCAUUCAGUCUCUUUUGAUGGACUCCUUUAUCACAUGUGGCUUUAAGUACAGCUUCUCUCAUGACAUGGCACUUUUCUACACCCAUUUCUCAGUGAUGAUUCUCCAACAUUGGAGAAUCUCAGAGCUGGAAGGAACCUUUUCAUCCAGGACAGGAAAUGAUCUUUUACGAUGCCUUAGACUCCAGCAUCCGGUCUCCACUUAAACACCACGUGAUGGGCACCUCAAUACAUUACAAAAUGCCCAUUCUUGUCCCUCUUCUUUUGUGAGAAUUUUCACUGUGCGAGAACAUUGAAUAUCAUGGGCAUCUUGAUUGUGACCUUACCAUAGGUAAUACAACCUCAUGAGUGGCCAGAAGUUUUUACAAGAGCCUGUGAAUGGCCUGAUCAUUUUACACAUAGCCUAGCCUGAGAGAAAGCAAAAGUCCCCUGUUCUUCAUGGCUUCUCUGCCUGGUAGUUUGGAAUCUUAAAAAUAUGGCCUGGUUGGAUCUGUGGAGGUGGCUUCACCUUUCCUGUCUUUUGGAAAUUAAAACCAAUACUUAUCAAACAUAUUGUCACCUCCAGUGGAACUACGGAGAUCUAGACCUAACUGUAAUGUUUAAAUGUAAAAUGAUAGUGUGUGUAUGCCUCAGAAGAAGGUUCAAUUCUUUCUUUUAGCCUUCCUUUUUUUUUUUUUUUUUCAUGCUGAGGAUCAAACUCAGGACCUUGCACAUGCUAGGUGAGCACUCUACUAUUGAGCCUACACCCUUAUCUCCAGAAGGUCCAAUUCUUAUUUCCGUCUCUUCUAUACUGAUUUAUUAUAACUGGGUUUGACUCACCUUCAUACAUAUGUGCUGAGAAUAAAGGGAAGUCCCCUUGUGAGAAUUAAUCAUUGAUUCUCCUUACUCUUCCCAACCCCCAAAGUCCUCACCUUAUUUACCUCCUGUCCUGCUGUGUGAGGCCACUCGCUCAGGAGUUGCCAGUCACAUACUUGUCUGUCUUAAUUCUCUGACCCUGUUCGACUGCAUGUGUCAGACCUGAUACUUAUUAUCAUGGCCCCAGCUUUGACAAGUGGCUUUGAACAUGCACCUUAGGCUUCAUCUCUGCUCUCCAUUGGCCCAGGCUGUAACUUCAAGCGUCAGAGCCAGAGAUAAAAACACUCAGUGUGGCAGCCUCCACUGUCCCCACCUAAUUCCGUGGAUUAACCUCCCACCGUACAGGGCUCUUUCCCAGGGCCUGUUGAGUUGUAUAUGAGGACAGUUGUGUUUGUUUUGUUUUUAGUGUUGCCAUGGGCAAUUUCCAUACCAUCUUUUAGCCUUACACUUGCACUGAAAAGAGAAUAUGUAUGAGUUUAUUUCUGGAAGAAUGGUUUCUUACAAUCUGAUUAGUUAGGAUGUAGUAUAUUUUUGGUUGGGCACUUAAAGUGAUACAGGUGACAUAACUGUGUAGCUGUCUGACUCUCCAGCUUCAUGGUGCUCUCAACAAAGACAGAGUAUCUGAAAGCCUCUUUGUCCACCCCAGGCUGUGCCCUAGGUCUAAAACAAUAAUAGACCCAAAUGGAUGAAGGGGUGGGGGGCAAAAAGAAUGCCUGCAGUUGCAGCAUUUCUGUGUCUCCCCAGGGGAUUUUAUAAUACAAAAAGUUGUAAAGAGGUGACUUUUUUUUUUUUUUCAGUAUUUGAGAGCCAAUCCAGGGCCUCACACAUGCCAGGCAAGUGGCCUAUCAUUCAGCACAUCCCCAGACCUAUAAACAGGUAAUUUUGUUAAAUGUCUAAAAUUUAGGGCUGGGAUAUAACUCAGCAGCAAAGUACUUGCCUAUCUAGGCCCCAGAUUUGAUCCUCAGCACUGCAGAAAAACAAAAACAAACCCAAAAAACUAAAAUUUUAAAACUCUUACUAUCAAUGGUUCAAAUUAUACUACUUCUUAAUAACUUUAGACUUGUCACUUCAUUAGUUCAUAUUUGCUGAUUGUACAUGCUCAGUAAUCAGAAUGUAUAAAAUAUUUGGUAUCAUAAUCUAAAUAUGAGAAAACAAAGAGCUGUGUUAUCAUCUCACUCUGUUUUGUCUUUAAAUUGUCUUUACUGAAUAUUUUUGAUCAAGAACAUUAGAUGAAGAA